AUGGCUGGUGGGCACCGACUCGGGCCCCCUUUUACAGCAUUCACCGGAAUACCUCCAACAGAUUCAUUGUACAACUAUAGUUCUCUCGGUGCGGAUGCUAUCGCACUGGGCGAGUCUCUAGAUACCAGCGAUGCGCUAUGCCAAAGCAGUGUAAACGAAUGGGGCUCAGCAAUGAACGUUCUUACGGGUACUGCUCAGCAAGUCAUGGAUGUCAUUACCACCCUCAACCUCAGUAUUUCCAUGCAAACAAGACGAGAGCUUGAGCUUGGAAUUGAACGUGCAAAGGAGUGCGUAACUACGUGGAGUAUCAUGGCUCUUCCUCGGUUGUUUUUGUACCCGAUGGAUCUAAACAGUACCGGAUUCGCCGAGAUCCCCGCCGUAGCCAUCAACAUCGCUCCUGAUAUAACCGAGUGCCGCCCUGACGUCCCCAUGGACUAUACGCUUCUCGGUUCAAAGAUGGCGUUGGACACCAACGGUCGGGACUUGUUGGCUGUCGUUCCUGAAGCUCUAAUUUUAUUUCCUUACAGCUUCAGUAGCACUAUGGCCCCCGUUUCGCGCAGCGUUCAAGCCUCCGAGACUAAAUAUGAAGUUACCUCGGUGCUCGAACCUUUACUGCAUGCAUACUACGGAGGCUGUCGGGUGCACGAGGUGAACUCAUCUGGCGUGUUCAUCGAAAGCACCUGUGAGAUCUCCGAGCACUGGGCCAGCUACGAACUCAUGGUGCAAUCUCCAGACGACAUGCCACUGUGCAGUACGAGCGAUGUUUGUAUUCACAAUUACUACAACUCACAAUGGAAAUGGGUUAGCGAAACCUCGACUGCAAAGCCGAAUCGCGUCGCCAUGUACAUGAACACCUUCAGAAGUCGAUAUGCCGACAAAGUGGGCAUCAGUGUGCUACCAGGGAUAGUUGUCAUGCAGAUCUUCGUCAUGGGAAUGGUCAGUCUUUACGAAGUGAUGUCACACAAGCGAUCCGUUUUGCUGACUCAAAUCUGGGCGUAUCGAUGUCAGAACGGCAAAACGCAAGUGGUUUAUCUGGCCGAAGUGGCGUAUCACCUCCAUUACAACUCGGAUUUGUAUCUACUCGGGUUCUCCACUGGUACGCUGACAACUGAGUCGCUCGCGAAUCUCACGUGCUGCUUCUAUGCCUUCUCGUAUUCGUUCAUCAAUCUGGCAAAGGCGCGGUCAGGAGACCAACAACUGGAUCAACACUUCCAACUUACGUGGGAGGCCACUCAAGUUGUCAUCACUGCGUGUGUGGUGACAACGCUGCGAGUGGUGCAACGCAACCCGUUGGAGUCGAUCCUUUCGACAAAUGCAGAAAUUUUACGCAAGACUUCGGCGCUUGGUGCUAAAUACUGUGGUCUCAACGAUGCUUUUAUUAUGUUCACGAUCAACGCACCGACAAUGAUUACCCUUUUGUCUACACUACUUGGUCUCUUGGCAGUAACUACGUCGAUGUUAGUGAAGAAAACCAGUCCGAAGGUGAAGCGAGCGGUGUUGUUGUCUCGGGGCUCACAGGGAAGUUUCAGAGGGAUCAGUCCAUACCCAGUUCCGGUUCGAACUUGUCCAAAAUACAGUCGCCUCACUUCCUUUGAGGAGAACUGUCUGGGCUCACCGUUCCGAAAACACUUUCACGAUUGCGGUGAUUUCGCGUACGAAACGUACAACGGAAAACGAUGUACCACGGUGGAAGCGCUGUUGCUGACAGGGUAUCUCUACUAUGGAGAACAUAUUUACCAAGCCACUUCGGUGUUGCUGCUCAUCGUAGCACGUUUGCUGCCACGGAAGCUUCUCCGCACGUUUAAUGUGCUCAUUUUACGAUGGCAUUUGAAUCCGACAACAGGAGUAUUAACGCACGCCUUGUCCUGUACGUGGUAUGCAGCGAGUAAGGAGAACCACGCGCUAAACGGGAUGACUCCGGUAGCUUAA